AUGGGGAAGAAAACCGCCAAGUCAACGCGGAAGUUUGCAGCGAGUGGGCAACUGAAGAAAACCAUCCAGGCGCGCCGAAAGUAUCGUGAUGUUCGCAAGAAGGCGGAGAAACGGAGGAGUGUUAAGGGCAACCAAAAGAAUGAUCCAGAGGACGUUGAAGACGAAGAUUCUGAAGAGGAACUCGAGGAGAAAUCUAACAAGUUCAAGGGAAUGUCAGUUGAUGACUUCCUCGGCGGGGGUUUCAUGGGCGGUGGUGACGGCGAUGGGGAAAUCGCGGAAGGAUCUGACGAGGACGACAAUGAAGACGCAGAUUCAGACAACCAGUCCUUCGCCUCCGUGGACGAUCUGGAGGACGGAGAAGCUCAUCUAGUAGAGUUAUCAAAACUCGCGGAGAACGAUCCAGAGUUCUACAAGUAUCUCCAAGAGAACGACCGUGAACUACUCGAGUUCAACCCUGACGGCGUGGACGUUGACGAACUUGAAGAUGAGGACAAGGGUAUGGAGGAGGACAAAGUGCCAGUGCUCACCAAACAAAUAUUGCGAAAAUGGCAGAAGGCUCUGCUCGAGCAACGGUCUCUCCGAGCUUUGCGAAAAUUACUGAUAGCGUUUCGUUCCGCCGUGCACAUGAAUGAGGAGGAUCAGGUACUAGUAUGGGGCAUUGACAGUUCUUCUGUAUACAAUAAGCUAGUGACAACAGCGCUCAAAUACACACCCGUAGUCCUGGAGCAUCACUGUCCUUACAAGACUCUCGCGAGCGGAAAGUUCAAAGCACCUAUACAGACGCAAAAGUGGAAGACCUUGCAGAAACUCAUACUUUCCUACUUUCAUAAUGUGAUGCACUUACUCUCACAACUUACUGAAAAUGACAUGCUGCGGCUCGCGGUGUCAGAGAGUGCGAAAUUAGUCCCUUACAUUACUAGCAGCCGAAAAGCUGUGAAAGUACAUCUCAAGACCUGCCUGGAUCUUUGGUCUACUGCAGAGGACAGCGUCCGGAUAGCUGCAUUUGUCGCCGUGCGAAAGCUUGCGUUAGCGACAGACGAGUCUAUCAUGGACAUGGUGCUUAAGAAUACCUAUCUCAUUCUCGUGCGCUCGUGCAAAUCCACAAGUGCCCAUACGCUGCCGUCCAUCAAUCUCAUGAAGAACUCGGCUUCAGAGAUCUACUGCAUAGACCAUGCGACAGCGUAUCAACACGCUUUUGGGUAUAUACGCCAGCUUGCUAUCCAUCUACGAAAUAGCAUGAAAGUGAAGAGCAAGGAUGCCUACAAGCAAGUGUAUAAUUGGCAAUAUGUGCACUGCCUUGAUUUCUGGGCGAUGGUCUUAGCAAGAUCUUGUGACAACCAAGUACUGGUUGAAAGACGCGGAGAAGAAAGUGAACUCAAGGCACUGAUCUACCCUCUUGUACAAGUGUCUCUUGGAGCUAUCAAACUCAUCCGCAAUGCCCGAUCAUAUCCCUUCCACUUCCACUUGAUCCGAUCACUACUUCACCUGACCCGCCACACCCAAACAUACGUCCCACUCGCGCCGUAUCUCCUUCCCAUCCUCACCUCCACCCUCUGCGGGUCCUCAAAGCCCAAAGCGUCCACAUUGCGACCGUUUGACUUCGAUACCAAUAUCCGCGCUCCACAGCAAUAUCUGAAGACUCGCGUGUAUAACGAGGGACUCUCGGAGGAGUGCGUUUAUCUCCUGGCGGAAUACCUGGCAAGCGAACCGGUGCAGGGAAGCAUCGCCUUUCCUGAGGUCACCGUUCCGCUCGUGAUCAUGCUCAAGAAAACCAUUAAGACCGCGAAGUUGUCCUCGUGGAAGGCUAAAGAGGCCGGCCUGGCGAAGGGUCUCGUGGAGCGCAUCGAAGAGAGUGCGAAGUGGGUGGAGCAGAAGCGGAAUGGCGUGUCGUUCGCUCCGGGACGCAUGGGCGAGGUGGAAGCCUGGGAACACGACGUCAAGGUUGAGGACUCGCCUUUGGCCAAGUAUGUAAAAGUGCAGAGAAAAGCCCGAGAGAAGCGGCGGAAGUUGGUCGAAAAGGCUAGGGAGGGUGAGGACGAGAUAUUGGAAGAUUGA